CAGAAUUGACUGGUUUGGGAGGCAGGAGCAGGGGGCUAAGGGAGCUGCAUGAGCAAGAGACAGACAACCAGAGAGACAGAGCCUUUCCCCUGAUUCUCCCCCUGACCUAAGUGUGCGGUAAACAAUUGAUCCUGGAAAAGCUUGGAGUGGUUUACUCAUGGGAUGCUGCUGCGGUGCUUUUCAACUCCAUUCCCUGGACAGGCUAUUAGAGCAGCAGUGCAUAAUUGCAGCCCGGUUGGAUGAGGGCUGUCCUGCUGCUGCUGGUAGUCAGUCUCCUCACCAUCAAAACUGUCGUUGGAGGGAAAAAUAAAAAAGAGAGAAACAAACCCUCCCAGUAUGGGUCAGAAUGCACUGACUGGCGCUAUGGCAACUGUGUGCCUAGCAACGGAGACUGUGGAGCAGGACUUAGAGAGGGGUCAUGUGACCAGCAGACCAAGAAGAUGAAAUGUAAAGUACCUUGCAACUGGAAAAAAGACUUUGGAGCGGACUGUAAGUAUCGGUUUGGUAGUUGGGGAGAGUGUGACCCAAGCUCUGGCUCAAGGACAAGAACAGGAACAUUGAAGAAGGUUCUGUACAAUGCAGAGUGUCAACAGACUAUUUCUGUCUCCAAACCCUGCGGUGGAAAACCAAGACAAAAACUAAAGAAAAGAAGAGAAAAGACAAGGGGAACCAGACAUGGGGUGUAGAGAAGAGUCUCCAGGAUCAGACAAAAGUCUUCAGAGUUAGAGAGCAAGCAGAAACAAUAAUUGUUAGUUGACAGUGGCCCCAACACUUAUAGCUUUAUAGGCUGAUUUCCAUACACAUAUUUUUGAGUCUUCAAAGUUACAGACAGUUACAGACAUGUGAGGCUGAUCUUUAGGCUAUAUACAGUAUGUCAACAAUAGCAAAUUAAAAUGACCUGAAAACCACAUUGUAACUGAGCACACACAAAACUAGUUAGCAAGUGAGCAGAGCACAUGACACUUUUUUCUCCAACCACAGUACAAUUUGUCUUUUGUUGGACCAUAUCCAGUUUUAUACAUAGUGAUAAACAAAUAAUAUUUGUACACAUUUGGCACAUAAUUGGUUGGCUUACGGAUUACUGGCUCUAAUACAAUACAGACGGCAUCAGUAGUCUCAGACAAAUUAAGUAGGUAAGUCAGUCUUUUAAGUACAAAUGGAUGUGAUGGUUGUUUUUUGCUGAUAAUUCCAUUUAGAUUUGUUGCCCCCCCCCCUCACUCUGGGUCAGUCUACUACCUCAGACCUGCUCUGUGCAUCAGUAAACUCACUGCUGUAUUCUAGCGUAUCAAUAAACCACCACCACAACAGCAGACUUUGAACUAAGGAUUUUCUCUGUCUUUCUGUAUAUUACAACCAGUUUCCAAAUGCUGUUUAGUGUUUAGUUGCUGCUAUCUGUAGUAGUUAUUAUUAUUGCUUGUUCAUUAUUAAAAGCUGACACAUUUUUCACUAGUUCUAUAACAAUGGCUGUGUUUGACACAAGAGAUGUGUUUCAAGUUCUGCUGUUUGUGAUCUUGAUGAUAUGGUGUCAUGUGACUUUGAUCUAAUCUCAAUGACCUGAUUUGGCUGUCUCUAUAAAACACAUACAUCAUAUGCACAUUCAAUCUCUUUCUCUCUGUCUCUCUCAUACACAUACUUACACACACCUACACACACCUCGUAUGUCACUCUGCCUUUGAUGUAGGUUAGAGAAGAAAGCUUUCAUCAAUAAAUAAACAGCUCCCUGCAGCAAUGA